AAAGGCAGGAUUAGUAAGUAGCCUGUGGUACGGUUUGGUGCGUUUGCCGUAAAAUGCUGUUUGGUGUGUGACGUUCCAGUCUGAAGGACACAGGGUAUCUGACAUGACAGUGUGAGCAGGCUUGGUGAUCGGUCGUCAUACCGGGGUCCAGCUAGACAGUCCAGCUUCCUGUUUUACUGAGGACCAUGGCACGUAGACAACUACCGGCUUUCAUCAUCAUCACAGCCAUUGCGUUUGGAAUGGUGCUCGGAUACUUUAUCCUUCCGCGACCCCUGCCACUCACUGACCUCUUCAAGACCCAACACUAUUCUGCGAGUACCAAGAACGACCAUGGUAUUACGAAGCGACCAGUAGUGGGCUGUUAUCAUAUAGGUGUAGAGUUUACCAAGGACGAAGCAUCCAAGAGCAAACGAUGUGCUGGUAAUUUUGCACAGAUUCGUGAAGAACAGCGUCGAGUGAACUCUGGUAAGAUGGAGUCUGACAGAUGGACGAAACAUUCGUACCUACGAGCGGACAGUCGGAUCGUGGAGGUCGGUGGGUACACGGGGGUCGACGCAGGCAGGUACAUUAAUCUGGCAAACUCUUACUUCACAGUGCUAGAACCAGUACCAAAAUACUUUAACGUACUGAAAAAGAAAUUUUCAUCAAAUCCUAAAGUAACUAUCUAUAACUUUGGAUUAGGAAAAGAAAACAGAAAUCUCACGUUUGACCGUAUUGCUGGAGAUGCGACUUCCUUGUUUAAGAAUAACCCAAACUCCCAAACGAAAGAUGCGAAAAAAGAAACGGUGAUCAUACGAGAUGCCAAAGAGUUCUUUAAUAGUUUGGGAGUACAACAAAAGCCACUUGAUCUGUUGGCGAUAAACUGCGAGGGUUGUGAGUAUGAACUGCUGGAGUUAAUCAUUGCUGAGGAACUGGCUCAGUACUUCAAACACAUCCAGUUCCAGUUCCACGUGGACCUUCCAGGAAUAGUGCAGCAGGAAUGUCGGUACUGUCAGAUCAUGAAUCUGCUCAAUCGAACACACUCGCCUAUGUUCCAGUUCUCCUACACGUGGCAGGCAUGGCAGCUGAAGUAAUCGUCGAGGUUGAAAUUCUGGAAGCCGAGUUGAUCAUGCAUUGUUUUAAAGACUGGACGCUGGAUUGAUCACACACCGGUGGACGUACUGGACGCUGGAUUUAUCUCACACCGGUGGGGUAUUGGACACUGGAUUGAUGAUGAACCGAUUUGGGUACUGGAAACUGGGUUGAUCACGCACUAUUAGGAGUACUGGAAUCUGGGUUGAUUACGCAUUAUAAGGGGUACUGGAAACUGGGUUAUUGACGCACUGUUAUGAAUAUUGGAAACUGGGUUGAUCACGCAUUAAUUUUAGUAUUGGAAACUGGGUUGAUUCAACUUUUGAAGAUGUUAUUUUGUUGUAAUUAUUACACGAUUUAUUUGUUUAUUCGUUUAUUUAUAUCAUUACUAUUAUUAUUAGGUACAUCACCCAUUUAUUUGUAAACAAGUGGAUGUUGUUUUUCGAUGGUUGGCUGGUUGUUCUAUUGGAUAUCUAAGGUGAAUUUCCUUUUUACAAUGUGUGAAAUUGAUACUUGAAUUUUGCACUUUGCAUUUAUAAAUAUGACAUUUGAAAUACUGCGUCUGUUGUUACAUAUUUGGAAGGCCAAGAAUUACAAAUUCUUCAGAGCGACUUAUUUGCAUGGAUACUCUUCCAAAACAUUCGUGACAUAGUUUCAAUUGCCCAAAAUAUACAUUUACUCAUUUCCAAUCUUUAUUUUAUACAGAAAGGUAUUGGUUAUAAUAUUAAUAUUCAUCUUCGAAUCAUCUGAGUUUAGUGCAGUAAUUAUUAGUAACAUUUGAAGAGUUCAGGCGCAAAACGCGAUAUAAACCAUUUUGUAUCUAGUUUUUAGUUAAAGCCAUUAUUGUAUGUCAGUAAGGGCUAAUCGUAGGCCCGCUGUUUUGCUGCAAAACGCGAUUGAUCCU